AUGUUGCACAAAUAUCCAAAUGAAGGAUCACAUACCUACAAUGAUCGAAUCAAAUGUAAUGAACAAAUAGUAAUCUGUAAAGAUUCCAAGUUAUCCGGAAUGAUUGAUCCAGUUCGCAUUCGAUUUAUAUUGAAAGUGUUUUCAACCAAUAUCCUUCAAAUCUUCCUUUCAAUAUUCAUGACUGCAUUAGUGUAUGCGAUAGAUAAAGUCCUUGGAUUUCUUUAUGAUUAUCAAUGGGUUGCUCCUAUCUUAAGUGUUAUUUCGAUUGGUGAAACCAUUGCAAUUUUCUCUAUUCAGAGAUUUCCACAUUUGAAAUAUCUCACGGAUUUCCUUUACGUACUAUUCACAUUCAGCUUCGCUGGUGUGAUAACCUGUCUUUCAACAAACGUGCAAGAAAUGUUUAUAUUUAUCAGUUGGAUUUUGGCCAUCAUUCUAUCAGUGUUAUUGUUUUUAGUUGGAAUAAACAUACAACGUGACUUGGUCAGUUAUUUUAAGUGGUUUAUCAUCUAUAUCGGUUUCAUCAUUAUCAUCAUCAUUAUUCUGUGGAUCCUAUGGAGUAUUAAAGUUGUUACAGUGACGUGGGCGAUUGGUCCGCUUGUUUUAGCCAUCAUAAUUCCAGCUAGUUUAAUUGAAGCUCAAAUAUUGUAUGGAGGAAGAGAAAUAUACUACAGACGUGAAGAUUUCAUAUUUGCAUCACUGGUUCAUUUGUUCUUACUUACUUUCUCAUAUUCUGGAUUUAUUUUAACGUUUUACAACAUUAAGUUAAGCUAA